CAGUUCUGUUUCGGAUCUGCUUGCGUUACGAGCUUCUCAAAACCGUGUUCCACUCCGUGGUCGUUUUUUCAGUGCUACGUUCUUUGCGUUCUGUAGAGAAGUCCUCACGUGGCUUCGAAGUUCUGAGGAUUUCGUUCUGUUGGGUUUCUUUAGCUGAAAUUUGAGUUUUGGUGAUUUGAAUUCGGAAGAAUUGUGAAUUUUGUGGGCGGAUUAAUUGGUUCCGAUUUCGGGUUCGGUGAUUUACGUAAUUUUCAGAGUUAAAGGGCGUAGAAUUUCUGUGUAUCCGUGACCCUGUGUGAAAAUCAUGCAGUAAUCCUGCAGUCAAUAGAACAAGUGAACGUGAAAAAAUCCUAGGCCAUCAUGGAAAAUCCUUCGACCAGCUCGGAGAUCCCGAAGCGACACAGCUUGACUGUGUCCAGCGAAAGCGAAAGUGAAACCGUUAAACUGUCCGAUUCUCGUUCUGUAUCGCCCCAGUUACCUCAUAAGGCGCCGAAGAAGGUUUCGUUCUCGGAUGAACUCCCACAGGAGUCCUCGACAUUCGCGGGAACCUCUGCCCCGGAUUCGACCGUGACCCAGAAAAGUGAAAGUGUCAAACUGGCUCACGGUGACGUAAACCCGUUUGUGUUUGUGCUCCAGAAGAAUGAUUCCUAUUUGAAGAACCUCCAUCAAAUAGAUCCGUCUCCGUCCAUCGCGAAGCCUUUGACCGAUUCGGACGUAUUCCCGAAUCAACGUCGGGCUUCAACUCCGGGACCAAACGAAAGUGAAACCGUGGUUGACCUUGAACCGAAGCCGUCGGCAUCGAUCUUGAAGCCCAGUGACCCAGUUCCGAAGUCGGUAUCUCCCUUCGAUCCCAUUUCCGCCGGUUUGGUGAAUGAUCUGAAGACCCAACGUGAUCUGGUGGAUGCAGCGUUGGUUCCUGCGGGAAAGAAGAAAAAUUUAGCUGACAGUGACAAAAUCGAGAAGAGUGUCUUGGGAAGUGGCAGUGAAAUGCCGCCGCCGGUCGUGAGUGCUAUGGAACUGGAAGUGAAGCGAGACAAGCGCCGUUGGCUGUUGAUUUCGGAGCUGAGCGCAAUCUGCGGGGAGGAAAAGCAUACCGUCGAUGGAUUCAAGCGGAUCUUCCGAGAACAGACCUUUCUGCAGAACCUGUUCCGGCUGUUUGACAUGGACGGGGAAAACUGUCUAGCGCAGGACAAGUGGAUCGAACAUCUCAAGGGGCGAUUAACUGACGAGAAACAGAUGGAUUUCGCCGAGCAGUUGGAAUCGGUCGCGUACGUGCUCUGCGGCGAGGGAACAGUUUCCUACGAAAAGUUCUGCCAAAUAUGGCAUGCCAAAGGGAUCUUGGACAAGCUCUACAGGCUAAUCGACGUCGACUCAACGAACCUGCUGUCGACCAAUCAAAUUAUGGAAUUCAUCUCGAACCUCACCAACUCGCGGCCCCGAACCGGAUUCGACAAAAUGUCCCUGGAACGGCUGGAGCAGCUCUUUAUCAAAACCGUCGGCAACGAGAAAGAAAUUCGACGAGAAGAAUUCAAGAAAAUUGUCACAUCCAAAAACCCCUUCUUCACGGAACGAGUCUUCCAGAUCUUCGAUAAGGACAACUCCGGGUCCAUCUCUCUGCAAGAGUUUAUCGAUGCCAUCCAUCAGUUCGCGGGCCAGUCUCCGGAGGAUAAAAUUAAAUUUUUAUUCAAAGUGUAUGAUUUGGACGGUGACGGACUGAUACAGCACCGGGAGCUGCAGCACGUGAUGCGAGCCUGCAUGGAAGAGAACGGAAUGAGAUUUUCCGAGGAUCAGAUCGAGGACCUGACGAUGGCAAUGUUUGAAGACGCCGACAAGUUCAACCGCGGAGCCAUCACCUAUGAAGCGCUCAAAAGUCAGCUGGAAAAGCACGGUGGAUUGCUGGAGAAUUUGAGCAUCAGCAUCGACCGGUGGCUGGUUCCGCUUCCGCAGGAGGACACCACCAGGAAGAAGCACAAGAAGAAACCACUGCCGCACCAGCUGACGGCACCGUACAUCAAAAAUAAUUACGUCUACCUUUCGUUUCUGUCCGUCUUCAUCCUGAUCAACGUGGGCCUGUUCAUAUCGCGUGCAAUCCAGUACCGCAAGAGCAACGGAUUUGUCAUCCUGGCGCGAGCUUGUGGUCAGUGUCUCAACUUCAACUGUGCCUUCAUCCUGGUGCUGAUGCUGCGACAGUGCAUCACGUUUCUCCGGACCAGAGGAUUUACCGCGUUUCUUCCCCUGGACCAGCACAUCUAUCUGCACAAGCUGACCGGAGUUCUGGUGGCCGCCUUCAGUCUACUGCACACCAUAAUGCAUCUGUUUAAUUUCACGACGAUCGUCGUCAACGAUCCGGUGGUCAACGCGAAGAACUUCACCACCGCCGAAUGGCUGUUCACGUCCCGGCCUGGUCUUUUCGGGCUCGUCGGCGGUUGCGCUAAUCCAACCGGAUUCGCACUGUUCUUCAUCUUGCUGGUGAUGUUCAUCUGUUCGCAGCCGUUCGUUCGUCGAGGAGGCAGCUUCGAAGUUUUCUACUGGACUCAUCUGCUGUACGUGCCUUUCUGGAUUUUGGUACUCUUCCACGGACCCAACUUCUGGAAGUGGUUUAUCGUGCCCGGGUUUAUCUACGUAGUUGAAAGGACCGUUAGAUUAGUUUGGAUGCGAACAGAGCAUGGCAAGACGUACAUCUCUUCCGGAUUGUUGCUGCCCUCGAAGGUUACUCAUCUGGUCAUCAAGCGGCCAUUUCACUUCUGCUUCCGGCCUGGCGAUUAUGUCUUCGUGAACAUCCCAGCCAUUGCCAAGUACGAGUGGCAUCCGUUUACGCUGAGUAGCGCGCCUGAACAGGAAGACUAUAUCUGGCUGCACAUUCGAGGCGUUGGAGAAUGGACCAAUCGGCUGCACAGCUUCUUCGAACGUGAACAGGAACGCCUUCAUAGCGGAGAGAUUCCCGCCGUUAUUGCCGGUUGUUCAACUGAACCAUCUUCGUCGUCCAGCACCCAAACGGUGCAGGAGAAACCGAAGGAAGUACCACUCAAAUUCUCCGCAGGCGUACCGAAAAGCGCUAGCGUAGAAUCUCCAUUAGCCAAAACUACGGAAAACACCUUCGAUAAACCCUUGGUCAGCAAACGAAUGCCGCCGGGAACGUCCAAGCUGGCAAUGGAAAGCUACACAGCUCCCCCACCGAGCGCGCCACCAAAGUUCGACCGACAGCUAUCGGAGAACAAGGCCAUCAAGAAGAUCCAAGCUACGCUUCAGAGAACAUUCUCCAGGAAGGACCAAUUCCGCGGCGCUGGCGUUUCGAACGAAGCAUUUACCGGAGACGAUGGACUGGAGGAACCGAAGCGCAAGGUCACCCCGGAGCACAACCUGCACAAGCUGCUGUUCCAGCAGAAGGUCCCACUGGAGAAGUCGUUGUCCAUGCCCGAUAUGCAGAACAAGGUCAAGAAGCGCGAGCGGAUGAUGGUUCUUCGCGAAUACAUGCGCUCGGAGUCGGAGCGAUCGUUCGACGAGGUUCAAAUCCGCAAGGCUCGUCUCCAAUCGUUAGGACUGGCCUACCUUAGCCCGCAGAACAAAUCGUUGGCCCAAAGUUUCCGUUACAUGCGUAACAAGCCCACGAUCAUUGCCUUCAAGACGCCAAGCCUAGAGAACUGCGAGCCACGUGACUCCACCAACUCAAUGGUCGUAUCACCGGGAGUGUUCACCCAGAAAGAAGCGGAAGAAGGCAAAAUUGUACAUCGCGCCGGACCCCACAAACCGGGAGCUACCGACGAAGACAAACUGAGCCGGCCUGUGAACUACCCCGUCGGAAAGCCUUUGGAAAUCUACAUCGAUGGCCCAUAUGGUGCCCCAUCCAGUCAUAUUUUCCAAGCUCAGCACGCCAUUCUCAUUGCAACCGGCAUCGGAGUGACUCCCUUCGCGUCCAUUCUGCAGUCCAUCAUGCAUCGCUACUGGAAGGCUCGACACUGCUGCCCUCGGUGUAACUUCGAGUGGUCCAGCGAGAUUCCUCCGACGAUUAUGAACCUACGGAAGGUGGACUUCUUCUGGAUCAAUCGAGAUCAGCGGUCGUUCGAGUGGUUCGUAAAUCUGCUCUCGCAGCUGGAAAUCGAACAGGCCGAACUAGGAGGAGCCAUGGAACGGUUCCUCGAGAUGCACAUGUACAUCACGAGUGCUCUGCAGAAAACCGACAUGAAGGCCGUCGGACUGCAGCUGGCGUUGGAUUUACUACAUCAGAAGGAAAAACGUGAUCUCAUCACGGGCCUUAAGACGCGAACUAACGCCGGCCGUCCAAACUGGGACAAGGUCUUCAAACAGAUCCAGGACCAGAAGAAGGGCAAAGUGACCGUGUUCUACUGCGGACCGCCUCAGUUGGCGAAAACUUUGCGCUACAAGUGCGACCAGUUCGGAUUCCAGUUCCGCAAGGAAGUCUUCUAGGAUUGCACAAGAGUGCACGUUGAUUUGAAUUAAUUUUGAACAUUGAUUAAUUGUAAUUUUAGAUUAAGUGUUCUUAAUAUUAUUUAAACUUGUUUUAUACUCUUGUAAAUUAUUGCCUCAUGUGUUUGUCCGCCUAACAAAAGCGUCGUUUCAUUGUAAUAAACUCAUUUAAUUUAUUGAAGAACCAGUUCUUUCAAAUAAAUCCAACAAGAAG